AUGCGUCGCGCGACGACGCACCGAUAUCGCUCGAUCUCGAUCCCCCCCGCCGUCGUCGCGACGUCGCGCGCGUCCUCGGCGGAACGACGCCGCGGACUCGCGGCGUCGUGCUCGACGAAACCGUCGUCGACGAAACCGAAACCGUCGACGAAACCGCCGCAUCGGAUUCCCGUCGGCGAGCGGCGACGUCGCGGCGCGCGCGUCGCCGCGGCCGCCGCCGCGACCGCGUCCCCCUCCGACGACAUCUCGAAGGGUUUCACCGACGAGACCUCGCGCGCGUCGUUCGCGUUCAUCGGCGCGGUGUUGCUCAACGUCCUCCUCGGGACGCUCUACUGCUGGUCGUGCUACCUCGUCCCGCUCGAGCAAGCGCUCGGGGUCGGGCGCGGCGUCCUCUCCGGCGUGUUCUCGCUCGCGACGAUCGCCUUCACCGCGUCCGUGUUCAAGCUCGGGCCGGCGCUGUACUCUCGGCUGAACCCCGCGGUCAUCGCGUCCGGGUCCGCGCUCAUCGCCGGCGCCGGGAUGCUCGUCGCGUCGAAAGCGCUGUCAUACGUCUCCGUGGUGCCGCUGUUCGUCGGUUACGGGGCCAUGUUUGGCGCCGCCGCGGGGGUGGGCUACGGCCUCUCCGUGCAAAUCUCAGGCGCGGAGAACGGCGCGCGGUCUCUGCUCGGCGAGGGGCUGACGACCGGGUUGGUCACCUCCGCGCGCGCGGGCGGCGCGUUCGUGUUCGCGCCGAUAAUCAGAGCGCUUCUCGACGCGGGAGGGGUCCAGCUCGCGCUGAGCGGGAUGGGCGCGGCGCUGAUCGCGUCCUCCGCGCCGCUGUGGUUACUUCUGUCGCUCGGGGGUUUGGACGCCCCGCUCGCAGAUCGGAAGCGGGAUAAGAACGACGGAGAGAAAACGCCGGAGGAGCUCGAGCGCGACGCGCAGCUGAAACCCGCGAUGUUCACGCUGUGGAGUUCUCUCGGGUUGGGGUCGUUCGCGGGGUUGAUGGUCGUGGCGCACGCGAGCGCGUUGUUGCAGUGCCACGGCGCCGCGAUCGGCGUCGCCACCGCGGGGGUGUCCAUCGUGUCUCUGUUCACGACGUUCGGGAGGGUGUUAGGCGGGUGGGCGUGCGACCGCGCGUGGUGCGGCGCGACGAAGGUGUUGCGCGUCGUCCCGUUCGUCGCGGUGCCGCUCAUGGCGUGGGGCGCGGGCGCAGAGAGCUCGGUGGUGGCCGCGCAAGCAGCGCUUGCGGCGGCUUCCGUCGUCUACGGCGUCUUCGCGUCCGCGGUUCCCGUCGAGCUCAGGCGACGCACGGGGCCGAGGGACUUCGCGAGGCAGUACGGUAAGGUGUACACCGCGUGGGGCGUCGCCGGUCUCGCCGCGCCGUGGACCGCGGGGUUGUUGUACGACGCGAACGGGGACUACACCGCCGCGCUCGUCGUCGCGAUGGCGCUGUGUUUCGGCUCCGCAGUCGCCGCGUUUUUGUUGAAACCGGGGCGGAGCCACGAGGAGUGGGCGGCCGCGAUCGAGGCGGGGAAGCGCGCGAUCGGGAGCGGGAGCGGGAGCGGGAUCGGGGGGGGCGAAGUGGCGGGCAGCGGGAACGUCGCGGGGAAGAGUUGA